AUGGUUACAAACAUUUUCGACUGUGGAAUCGUGAACACUUCCCUACUCGAUCCUGAUCAUCGAAUGGAUCGCAUGCAAAUGAUUAUCCGUGAAAACAGUAGCAACGAUGCGAUUCAUCCACAUCGACCUCCUUCAUUCCGCGUCCGCCUCGACCGCGAGCUGUAUAAGAUCCGAUCCAACCUCUUCCCCUACCACCCCCAUCCUCGAGAUACGCAGAAAGCGUACAACAGCAAUCGAUUAUUCAUAGAUAUGACUGCAGACGGAUCAAAGAUAAUGACCCUCCGAGAGUAG